AUGUCUAGCAAGGCAAUCUACGUUGGCGUCGUUGGAGUUGGCGGUGUUGGAAGCCACUUUCUCUCGCAGCUGUCCAAGCUACCAAAUGCUCCAUCCCUAGUGCUUGUUGCUCGAUCUUCACAGACUCUCACCUCCCCGGCUCCCUCAUACCCCGCCAUCCCUCCUGCUGACUGGCAGUCGGCGUUCUCAUCUUCCACGAGUUCAUUCACCAAAUCUGAUGCUUGGUCUCCGGAACAGAUAGCUUCCUAUCUUUCCCAGGUACCAGGACGAGCGAUCUUGGUGGACAAUACCUCGGACCCCACCAUCGCUAGUGCUUACCCAAUCUUCACCAGCAAGGGCAUCAGCAUUGUCACGCCCAACAAGAAGGCGUUCUCAUCUUCCUUGAAGCUAUGGGAAGACAUAUUCUCUACCGCUGCUAGCAACAACGCUUUGGUUUACCAUGAAAGCACCGUGGGUGCCGGUUUGCCCGUCCUUUCAACCCUUCGUGAUCUAGUCAACACUGGGGACACAGUGACCCGAAUUGAGGGUGUCUUCUCAGGAACUUUGUCAUUCCUCUUCAACCAGUUUUCACCACCUUCGCCUUCAACUUCUGGCGAGAAGAAGAAAUGGAGUGAGGUCGUCAGCCAGGCAAAGGAAUUAGGAUACACCGAACCCGACCCCCGAGACGAUUUAAAUGGUAUGGACGUUGCUCGUAAAUUGACCAUUCUCGCUCGAAUUGCAGGUUUAGAGGUCGAGAGCCCAGAUUCAUUCCCUAUUGAAAGUUUGAUACCUGCCGAGCUAGCGAACUUGGAAGCUGGCAGUAAAGGAACUGAAGAGUUUAUGCGCCGCUUACCCGACUUUGAUGGAAAGAUGGAAGAACUUCAGAAAGACGCAGAAUCAGCAGGCCAGGUAGUGAGGUAUGUUGGUAGUAUUGAUGUUCCCGGGAAGAAGGUCAAAGUCGGUUUGCAAAACUUUGACAAGGAUAGCGCCAUGGCUGGACUGAAGGGCAGCGAUAACAUUAUCAGCUUCUACACCGAACGAUAUGGAGAACUUCCGCUCAUUGUCCAAGGCGGUGGCGCUGGUGGCGCAGUAACUGCCAUGGGAGUCAUGUCCGAUUUGAUAAAAGUGUUGGAGAGGCUGUCAUAG